UCUAGGGCUCCCUUAAAUUGUUUUUUAUUUGUUCGCAUUUCGUCAUCACAUUCGUAAACAAUGCACAACCAGAACAACAACAAAUCUCCUUGCUUGUGUUUUUGUUUUGAAUCGUCUUUUGUGUUUUCCUCUUAUUUCUCUUAUGUGCGGUGUUUAUGUGUGUGUGUGUGUGUGUGGGCCUUUUUACCCUGAGAGGGAGAGUAAGAAUCGGCAUAAGAGAGAAUGUGAAUGAAAUAAAAUAAAAGUGGAAAUGUAUGCGUACGAUAAAUGAACGAAAUAAAAAUUAAAGAUUAGAAGAAUUUUUUCAUUUUGACAAGUUAAAAGCCCAAAUGAAGGUGUGAAACGCGAGUAAACGUCCUCUUCUAAUAAAAGAAAUUAAUGUCACACAAAAUAUUCAGAUUACUGUAAACUCAAUGUAUUAGAAACGAAAAAUAAUUAAAUGAAAAGUGCGCAAAUUACCGAAAACGAAAAAAAGAACAAAUUCUGUGUCUAAUAAUUGGCAGCAGGCAAAGUAAUUAAGUGGAAUUUUUCACGCUGUUUCCCCCAAAUACACAAUGGUCUUACGUUCUGGCAUUAUUUUACCAUUUCAAUUUCGAGACACCAAAAAGCUUUUGAUGAUUGGAGUGCCUGAAGAAAAUCGCGAUCUAAGCAUUUGGGAUUUAAAGAAUGUCGUUCGAGCUGCUUUUGGAAUUUACAAUUUUGAAUUUCGCAAUAAAAAAAUUGGUUUCAACAUACCCGAUGAGCUGUUAUUGCAAUACUUAGCCCAACGUCAUGACUUGACCAACUUCGUUAUAGAAAUUGGCCAGGUCUUUGAUCCCUGUAAAGACAACUAUCACACACUGAUAUCAAAUUGUUUUUCCUGCCGUUGUGGUUCAACACAAAAACAAGCUUUAGAUUUACACGAACCUUCGAAAAACCAACACAACACUGCCAGUGGACCAGAACACAACAGCCAUAAUCAUCAUCUACAGCAACAGCAUCAGACUACAUCGCAUCAAUUCAGUAGUGCUUCCAAUUCACAACAUUCACCGGAUAACGAUGAAGAGCCACCCCUAAAAUUGCGCAUUUCAAAUGUGAACUUACUGCCUUCCAAUCACAUGGACAGUACUGCCACCGAACACUUUGAAGUAGAGCCCAAAAUAGACUAUGAUGAAGUAUCAUCGCCACCUGCCGUACACGUACACCAACAACAACAGUCACAUCAUCACCAUCAGCCUCCGCCGCCUCCACCACCACAACCUGCAAGUGAUGGUAGCUCCGUGGCUAGCCAACAACAGGCAGCAGCAGCAGCGGCGGCGGCAGCAGCUUUAGCCUUAAGCUCAUCAACAUCAGCUUUAAAAUUGCACAAUAAUCCCGAUACCGAUGAGGAGAACACUUAUAUGGAAAGGGAAUUACAGGAACAGGAAUUGCAUUUAGAACGCAUGCAUGAAUAUUUUCUACAGCAACAACAGCAUUUACAGCAGCAGCAGCAACAACAACAGCAUCAGCAGCAACAACAACAACACCAGCCACACAUAGAAUCCUUAUUGCAUGAAACCACCACAUCGAACAGUUUGAGACAGCGUAAGGAACGCAUGUCGAAAAAACAGAAAGAAGUCUAUGUCAAUUUCUUGGAACAGCAUGCCAUCAUUAACGAGCAUAGACGCAAUGAUCCUGUAUUGAAUCGUUAUUGGAUUAAAUUGGCCGACAUUCUAAACUCAGUACCUCAAGGAGCAGUGAAACAUGUUGCCGAAUGGAAACAGACAUUUGACAAUUGGCGCUACCGUGUAUUCCUCUAUGCGCGCUACAAUUCAAAAAUAUCCGGCGAAGAGGCUCUUAAUCCAAAAUGUUUUAAACCUCUGACGCUGACAGAUAAACGAGCCUACAAUAUAUGGAUACGAAAUCCAGAUACAGCACCACCAGAUUUGGAACAUAUGCGUAAUGUAUUUAUGAAUCUGGAAGAGGCACAACCGGAAUAACAAACGGCUGAUACCAAAAGAAAAUAACUACAACAACACUGCUAAUGAACAUAAUUCUGCAACCAUCGUUCAAAGUCUAUUAAUUUUUAAAAAUUUGUGCUAUAAGAAACAAGAAACCGCCAUGCCAUCAUUUUGUGUGCUAAUAAUAAUCACGUUUAAGCAAAACUAUUACUCACUACAAAUUUCUAAACGUAUUACAAACAAACAAAAAAAAAACGGAAAAUGUUACACAAAACCAAUUUUCGCCACUACCACACAACUAUUACUAGCGUUACAAACGAAAUACGUGUACUAUUACCACAAUUGUUGUCUGUUUUAGCGAAGUAAUUUAUUAAUUUUAAUUACAUAUUUUUUAUGUUGUUUAUGUUUUUUUACAAAGAGAAAUAAAUGAAAUAUUUAUACCUAAAUUCUAUAUUUACAUGUGUGUAUAAUGCUCAAUAGUUUUAAGGGUAUUUUUUGUUUUGUUUUUGUAUAUUCUUUUUUAUUCUAAACGUUAUGUAAAGUUUCUAAUAGUUAUAUAUGUUUAUAUGAAUUUAUGUUUUGUAAAUAAACUGAAUAUAAAUGAA